CUAAACUUCGUCCAUGAUCUGAAUACACUUCAUGUUGAUAUGCACAAGAGAAUGCGCCAUGACGCUAGACUUGAAGGAUUCAACAAACCACUGUAUUCCCAUUGUGAGAAGUUAGCGGCCGCCAGCCUUCUUUCCCGUUUCGCUAUUGUUAUUGGCAUUUUAGGUCUGCUGUUGUGCACCGGUGGAGUCGGCCUUACCAUUAUUUUUGGGUCUACGGCUCAUUUAUCAAUAUUCUAUGUUGGUAUUGCAUUGUUGCUAGUUGCUACAUUGAUUAGCAUCGCAUGUGUACAGCGCGUUGUUGUAACCAAUAGACGUCUCAAGAUGAUGGGCAUCACUGCUUCGGAUUUCACUUCUAAAUGGAAUACUGCUGACCAACUAUUGUCACCGCACAAGCUUCGAUCGACUGGACAUCUUGAGCAAGUAAACAAUGGUUUCGUGCACCCUGUGAAACAAAUUGAUCCGCUGGAACUUCGCAGGCCUCCUCGCUCACUGAGUUCCACUGAAGUAUGAUACAUUCUCACCAUCGUGCUUUACCUCUCAUUUACAACAAAGUGCCUUGGAUUCCGUCAUCUUUUAUCAGUUAUGUACUGUCCUCAAUAAGGUGUUUCUGAAUGGAUCGUGUAACAAUACGCUACUGCACUAUACACUUGCAGUAUAAAAUUCUUGUCAUGCCCUUUUCAUCAUGUACACCAUCUCUCAUCAGAAAAACUAAAUAUCAAUAAAAGCCAGG